AAAAAAAAAGAAGAAGAAGAGAAAAUUGUGUUAUAAAAAGGAAAAAGAAAUGAAAGAAAAUGGGAGGAAAGAGAAGUUUGGAAGUUUCUGUUCCAAGUUGGGUAUGGAACUCACAGUUCUCUCGUCUUUGCAACCACUAAAAUCAGCCCCCACUCUCCCCUACACAGAUGGGAAUUGAUCGUCUUCUUUGUCGGCCAUUUGAGCUUCACAAUUUCAUCUCUGAUUUCUGUUCUUCAUUUUAAUAAUCCAUUGGAACAUCUCUCAACUCUCUUCUUUCUUCUUUUUGUUUUUGGUUCGACUAAUUUGGGGGUUUCCGCUGGUUCAAUAUAAUAUGGUAAAAGUGCGGAAUCAUUUCUCUAUGAUUCUUCGUUGUUUUUAGAGUGCCAAGUGUUUGAUUACAGCCGCAAAGUACUAGAGAUUGUGUUCAUUUUUGUUUUUCUUCUUCUUCUUUCUGCCGAAUUAUUGAUUGAAAUUCGGCGACAUCCAUUAUUGCGAAGGCUUUGAAAUUCAAUCUCGAUCUGCUACUUUUUUCUUGUUCCUUUUCGUCGUUUUUGAUUUAUGAGCUCCAUGGUUUUAAGGUCGUCGUUAGAAGAUGUGAAGUGGAAGAAGACAUGGCCGGAUUGCUGUGUUUAUUAUCCUUUCUUCGACGAGUGAUGGCUAUGCUAUGAGGGGGUUUCUACGGCUGCUAUGUUGCUGGAUUAUCUGGUAGUUAAUAUGUCAAGGGGAGGAUUCUUGGUCAGGAUUGUUGGAUUUUGGUUUGCAAUCAUUCUUCUUUCUUGUAAUUCACAAGGCUUGAACUUAGAAGGACUGUCUCUUUUGGAGCUGAAAAAGGCUUUCAAGGAUGAGUUUGAUAGGUUGAAGAACUGGAAUCCUUCGGACCAGACACCGUGUGGUUGGAUCGGUGUGAAAUGCACGUCUGGUGAAGCUCCGGUCGUGUGGUCACUCGACUUGAAGUCGAAAAACCUCUCUGGAUCUGUGAACCGUGUAAUCGGUAACUUGAUUCACCUAACUUAUCUUGAUCUCUCUGACAAUGAGUUCACUGGAAACAUUCCCAAAGAAAUUGGUAAUUGUUCAGGUCUUGAGUCUCUUUCUCUGAAUAACAACAUGUUUGAGGGGGAAAUCCCACCUGAAUUGGGGAAGCUUUCUUCCUUGAGGAGCUUAAAUAUUUUUAACAAUCGAAUAAGUGGUUCGAUCCCGGAAGAGCUCGGGAACUUAUCGUCACUUGUCGAGCUUAUGGCGUACACUAACCAGCUCACCGGACCGUUGCCUCGUUCUAUUGGGAAUCUCAAGAAUCUUAAGAGAUUAAGAGCUGGACAGAAUGCUAUAUCUGGAAGCAUACCUUCUGAAAUAAAAGGGUGCCAGAGUCUUAACAUGCUUGGCCUAGCUCAAAAUGAGAUAGGAGGGGAGCUACCAAAGGAGCUUGGGAUGCUUCAUAACUUGACUGAUAUGAUUCUUUGGAGUAACCAGUUUUCUGGGACUAUUCCUGAGGAGCUUGGGAACUGUUCGAGCCUCGAGGUGCUCGCCCUGUAUGCAAAUCAUCUCGUUGGCCCCAUACCAAAGGCAUUGGGGAAUCUCAGUUCUUUGAAGAAGUUGUAUCUUUACAGAAAUGGGCUUAAUGGGACUAUUCCAAAGGAAAUUAGUAAUCUUUCUCUGGUUGAAGAGAUUGAUUUCUCAGAGAACUCUUUAACAGGGGACAUCCCCUCUGAGUUAAGUAAGAUAAAGGGCCUGCGCUUGCUUUUCCUCUUCAAAAACCUGCUCACUGGUGUAAUCCCUGAUGAACUUAGCACCUUGAGUAACUUGACAUGGCUAGACCUAUCAAUUAAUGAUCUUAGAGGUCCCAUACCAUUUGGUUUUCAAUAUUUGACCAAGAUGUUACAGCUGCAGCUCUUUGAUAACUCUCUAACUGGUAGCAUUCCGUCAGGGCUCGGUCUUUUCAGCUGGCUUUGGGUGGUCGAUUUUUCGAUCAACAACUUAACCGGGACGAUACCGUCUCACCUUUGUCAUCAUUCUAACCUGAGUAUUUUGAACUUGGAGUCUAACAAGUUUUAUGGCAACAUCCCUUCUGGAAUCCUAAACUGUAGACCACUGGUGCAGCUUCGUCUCGGUGGUAACAUGCUUACCGGGGCGUUUCCAUCAGAACUUUGCAGCUUGAAGAACCUUUCUGCUAUUGAACUUGGCCAAAAUAAUUUCAGUGGUCCAAUUCCUAAGGAUAUUGGAAGAUGUCAAAAGUUGCAAAGGCUUCAUAUUGCAAACAACUUCUUCACAUCUAACUUGCCAAAAGAGAUUGGAAGUUUAACUCAGUUGGUCACUUUGAAUGUUUCAUCAAAUCAGCUCACUGGUCAGUUGCCACUUGAAUUUUUCAACUGCAAGAUGCUUCAACGACUCGAUCUCAGCCACAACGUCUUUAUAGGUUCUUUACCGAAUGAGAUCGGAUCACUUUCGCAACUCGAGCUUCUCAUCCUCUCAGGAAAUAAGUUCUCAGGAAACAUACCUGCAGGACUAGGAAACAUGUCUCGUAUGACCGAGUUGCAGCUCCGCGGUAACUUGUUUUCUGGUGAAAUUCCAAAGGAGUUGGGAUCCCUUUUAAGCUUGCAGAUUGCAAUGGAUCUUAGUUAUAACAAUCUAACUGGGAGAAUACCACCAGAGCUUGGAAGACUCUCUCUUUUGGAGAUUCUUCUGCUCAAUAACAAUCAUUUGACAGGACAAAUUCCUACAGAGUUUGACAACCUAUCUAGUUUAUCAGUCUGCAACUUCUCCUACAAUGAUCUUACUGGACCUAUACCUUCAAUUCCUUUGUUUCAGAACAUGGGCAUCGAUAGCUUCGAAGGCAACGGCGGACUUUGCGGCGGCCCUCUCGGCGAUUGCAGCGGGGAUCCUUAUUCUCGUUCAACGCCAUUAGAGAGUGCAAAUACAUCACGGGGUAAACUCAUCACAGGCAUUGCUUGUGCUGUAGGUGGGAUUUCUCUCAUUUUGAUUGUGAUUAUUUUGCAUCACAUGAGACGUCCACACGAAUCUUCGACGCCGAAUAAGGAGAUUCCGUCCUCUGACUCAGAUUUUUACUUACCUCCCAAGGAGGGAUUUACCUUCCAUGAUCUGGUUGAAGUCACAAAUAACUUUCAUGAUAGCUAUAUCAUUGGAAAGGGGGCUUGUGGGACGGUUUAUAAGGCCGUGGUACCGACCGGGCAGAUCAUCGCUGUUAAGAAGCUGGCAUCCAACAGGGAAGGAAACAGCAUUGAGAACAGUUUUCAGGCUGAAAUUUUGACUCUUGGACAGAUAAGGCAUCGAAAUAUCGUUAAGCUUUAUGGAUACAGCUACCACCAAGGCUCCAAUCUGCUUCUUUAUGAAUACAUGGAAAAAGGUAGUUUAGGUGAGCUAAUCCAUGGGUCCUCUUACUGCUUGGAUUGGCCAACUCGGUUCACGAUCGCGGUGGGAGCUGCCGAAGGACUAGCAUAUUUGCAUCAUGACUGCAAACCAAAGAUAGUUCACCGUGAUAUCAAAUCAAAUAACAUUCUCCUCGACGAUCACUUCGAAGCUCACGUCGGUGAUUUCGGUUUGGCAAAGGUGAUUGACAUGCCUCAUUCUAAGUCGAUGUCAGCCGUUGCAGGAUCUUAUGGAUACAUCGCUCCUGAAUAUGCUUACUCUAUGAAGGUUACAGAAAAAUGCGAUAUUUAUAGUUUUGGAGUCGUUCUUCUAGAGUUGUUAACGGGAAAAACUCCCGUUCAGCCAAUAGAUCAGGGAGGCGAUCUUGUAACGUGGGUGAAAAAUUUUAUCCGUGACCAUUCAUACAUGUCGAGAAUAUUUGAUUCUCGGUUGAACCUUCAAGACCGAAGUAUCGUCGAGCACAUGAUGAGUGUACUUAAAAUCGCUCUAAUGUGCACGAGUAUGUCGCCUUUCGAUCGACCAUCGAUGCGAGACGUUGUAUCAAUGCUUAUAGAGUCUAACGAGCAAGAAGUGAACUUCAUUCCAUCUCCGGAUUCGGAUCUUCCCCUCAAAGAUAACACUGUAUGACUGUUUCUCCAUUCUUGGAAGUUCCAUAAGAUGGCUGAAGAUUGCUAUAAUUGCUGAUUGGUCCUCCUGAUUUUUUUUUCUAACAGGAAAUUGAUUGGUUUCAUAGCUUUUUUUUUUUCUUUUUUUUGAAAAUAUGUGCAUUGAGUUUUGAGUAUUUGGGGGUAAUUGGUUGAAGAUAGGUAUUCUCCAAUUCUGUAUUUUUUGUUAAAGAAGCUAAUACAGUUUUCAUGUACAGUUGGUAAUACCAUCUUUCUGUAUGUAAAACUAUCACUCUUAUCAAUAAAACUCUUUGAACUUCUUCCUUUCAGUUCC